AUGGUUUUCACACACGACGACUAUACUGUAGCAUGGAUCUGUGCCCUGCCACUGGAAAUGACAGCGGCCAAAACCAUGCUCGAUAACGUUCAUUCCUCACUACCCCAGCCGGAAACCGACCACAACGUCUACACACUUGGGAACAUUACCGGCCAUAACGUGGUGAUUGCCUGCCUCCCGUCCGGUGUUUACGGUACCACCUCUGCUGCAGUUGUAUUGGCUCAUAUGUUACCGACAUUUCCUUCUCUUCGAUUUGGAUUAAUGGUAGGCAUCGGAGGUGGGGUGCCCAGCAAGAACACAGAUAUUCGCCUUGGCGAUGUAAUUGUUAGUAUGCCAACUGUGGUAUCUGGAGGCGUGAUCCAAUAUGACUAUGGGAAAACACUUUAUAAUGGACAUUUACAGCGCGCUGGGUUGCUUAACAAACCCCCACAAUACCUACUCACUGCAGUAUCCCAAAUACGCAGUGAUUACAUGGUCAGGGAUUCACUGAUCAAGAAAGGUAUAUCAGAGAUGGUUCAGAAGUACCAAAAGAUCUACGAACAAUUCUCCCGACCGGACCAUGACUGGCUAUUCAAACCGGGCUAUGACCAUACGGGCAAGAUGGCUGACUGUUCACUAUGCGAUCAGUCCCAGCUAGUGGUUCGUCCAACGCGAGAAAGUAAUGAGCCAGCCAUUCAUUAUGGACUGAUUGCUUCUGGGAAUCAGGUGAUAAAGAACGCGAAGAUACGGGAUUCUAUCGCUCAGGAGUUAAAUAUCCUCUGCUUUGAGAUGGAGGCAGCCGGGUUGAUGGAUCAGUUACCAUGCUUGGUCAUCCGAGGAAUUUGUGACUAUUGUGACUCGCACAAACACAAACAAUGGCAGGGGUAUGCAGCACUUACCGCUGCGGCUUAUGCAAGAGCUCUUCUGGAAGUGGUUCCUCCGUACAACAAUGAUUUGAGCAGGAAAGAAAGAGGUCGGUGGAUGGUCCCCUUUGCGAGAAACCCACGGUUUGUCGGCCGACAGAACGAGAUCAACAGUCUUGAACAAUCGAUUCUUUACUCAAAAUGUUCAACGAAGACUGCUAUAUGUGGACUAGGCGGAAUUGGAAAGACCCAAAUUGCGCUGGAGCUAGCCUAUCGCGUUCGAGAAAAGGUUCCUGGAACCUCGAUUUUUUGGAUUCCAUGUACCAGCUUUGAGAAUGUCGAACAAGCCUACAUGAACAUCUCCCUACAGCUAGGGAUAAUGAAUGAGAAGCCAGCAGAGGCAAAGGAGCAAGUCAAGGUGUAUCUUAGCCAAGAAGGCGCUGGAAAGUGGCUUCUUAUCUUUGAUAAUGCAGACGACAUGGACAUGUGGAUCCCAACCCCUGCUGGUGCACUGGUGUUGAGAGACUUUUUGCCUCAGAGCGAGCAAGGCCAUAUCCUCUUCACAACACGAAAUCAAAAACUGGCAGUUAAAUUGGCAUCUUCUCAUGUUAUGCUAGUCUCUGAGCCGGAUGAAGAGACCGGUAUAAGAAUUCUGGAGAAAUCACUUGUUCGCAAAACCUUGCGUAAUAGCGAUGCAACCAUUCCCCUGCUAAAAUGGCUGGCUUUUCUCCCAUUGGCCAUAAUACAAGCAUCGUCCUACAUCAAUGAAAACUGCCUAGAUCCAUCUCAAUAUUUAAAACUACUACAGGAUCAAGAGUCCAAUGUUGUGGAGCUUCUGAGUGAGAAUUUCGAGGACGAUGGACGCUAUGCAGAAACCCAAAACCCCGUCAUUGCUACAUGGGUGGUUUCAUUUACGCAGAUCCAGCAGAUAGACCAAUUAGCAGCUGACUAUUUAUUACUUAUGGCUUGUUUUGAUUUUCACAGCAUUCCAGAAUCCAUUCUACCAUCAUCAACAUCUUGUAAGAGGAAAACGGAUGCACUGGGCCUUCUUAGUGCUUAUUCCUUUAUCAAUAUCCAAGCUGACGAUAUGCUACUGACCCUACAUCGACUGGUCUACAUUGCAGCUCGUAACUGGAUGAGAAACACCAGUCUAUUUGUCCCGUGGAUCCAAAGAGCCGCUACUCAGUUGUCCGUGGCUUUUCCAAAUCAUGACCAUAAAAAUCGAGAGUUGUGGCGUAAAUAUAUGCCUCACGCCCUGUGUGUGAUGAAUGAAAUGGACAGACAGCAAAAGGCGCAAUGGGAACCACUCAUCUGGAAGAUGGCGAACUGCCUUUGCACUGAUGGAAGAUUCAAUGAAGCCGAGGAGUUAUUGAUUGACCUGGCCGGGAAACAGAGAGAGGCUACAGGUGCUUUAAAUCCUUCCACCCUAGUCAGCAUGACUAACCUAGCUUCAACGUAUUGGAAUCAAGGACGAUGGAAGGAGGCAGAAGAGUUGCAUCUACGGGUAAUGGAAACGCGAAGACUUCUAUUCGGCCCACUGCAUCCUUCCACUCUGACCAGCUUGGCCAACUUAGCAUCCACAUACUCAAAACAAGCACGAUGGGGCCAGGCAGUGGAGCUGCAGGCGGAAGUAGUCACGGCGCGAAAAUCGAUAUUGGGUGCCGAACAUCCAAAUACCUUGAUUAGCGUGAGUAAUUUAGCUUCUAUCUAUCGUAGUCAGGGACGAUAUAAAGAAGCAGAAGAGUUAGAAACUGGAGUUUUGGAGGUAUACAGACGAGUGAUGGGGCCAUAUCACCCUUGCACUCUAACCAACAUGGCUAACCUGGCGUCAACAUACGUAAGUCAAGGAUGCUGGAAGAAGGCAGCAGAGCUACAGACUGAAGUUCUGGGGCUCUGUUUAAAGACGCUGGGCCCGGAGCAUCCCGACAGCAUGACUAAUAUGGCCAACCUUGCGUCGAUAUAUUGGAACCAGCAGCGUGGGGAAGAAGCAGAGGCAUUAGAGAUCCAGGUGCUGGAGACUCGGAGACGAGUACUAGGGGGACAGCAUCCGGACACCCUGACCAGUAUGAAUAACAUUGCACACACCUGGAAAUGCCUAGGCAAAGAAGAUGAUGCUAUCUUUAUCAUGACCGAGUGUGUUCGUCUCCGCAACCGAUAUUUGAGUCCUGAUCACCCAUAUACUAUCUCUUCGGCCGCUACUCUCCAUGAUUGGCAGCAAAACACAUGCCACCGCGAGGAUUAA